AUGGGUGUUCAUGAGCUUUGGGAUAUUGUGGGACCCACAACUCGUCCUGUAAGACUCGAGGCUCUUAGGAAUAAAAGGCUAGCAGUGGAUGCAUCGAUUUGGAUCUAUCAGUUUUUGAAGGCUGUCAGAGACAAGGAGGGCAAUCCUCUACGAAACUCGCAUAUAGUGGGAUUUUUCAGACGAAUAUGCAAGCUACUUUACUUUGGAAUCCGACCAGUGUUUGUGUUUGAUGGAGGAGUACCUGUAUUGAAGAGAGAGACAAUUCGAAGGAGGAAAGAAAGGAGAGAAGGCCAGAGAGAGUCUAUGGAGAAGACUGCUCACAAACUCUUGGCUAAACAGCUACAGCGAGCUGCUGAGAUGAAAAACGAGGGAUUGGAAACAGUUAGAAAACCAGCUAGAUCUUCUGCCCUAAAGAGCAACGUUCCUAUAGGCAAAUUAGACCUUGGCGAGUAUUAUGAGGAUAACAACUAUUUUGAUGGAGACUCGAUGAGAAAGACGCACGAAUCCGAAAAGAAAGAAGAAGAAAGCCGAAUAUUCAGGAAACAGGACGAUUUUGAUCUUCCACAGAUAGAAGAGUUUAAGAUUGAUAAGAAAGAUGAGAGGAUGGUGGCAGAUUACGAGUAUGACCGGCUGACGCAAGAGAUCCACGAAGAUUUAGACAAUAUUGAUUUGGAUAGCAUUGAUCCGAUUUCUACCUCAUUUGAUAGGCUUCCAUUAUCAACUCAGUAUAUUAUACUAUCACACUUAAGGCUUCGAUCGAGAUUGAGAAUGGGAUAUACAAAGGAUCAAUUGGAGGAGUUGUUUUCGAACAGUAUGGAGUUUAGUAAAUUUCAGAUCCAAAGAGUCCAGAAAAGGAACUAUUUCACUCAGAGAUUGAUGAAUGCAUCUGGAAUGGAUACUGACAAUAAAACUGUGUCUAGAAGAAGGAUUGUUGGAGAGAAAGAUAGAGAAUAUACCUUAGAGAGAACGGAGGGGGGAUAUGUGCUGUCUAUUAACAAGGAUAAUGAAGAUGAGGGAAAAAAUGUGGAUAAUGCAAUCCGUUUGGACGAAGAGGAGAGAGGAAGAGAUGCUUUGGAGGAUGAUGAUGAUGAUGACGAAGACAUUGAAUGGGAAGAGGUUCCCACUGGCACUGCUAAUCACUCAUCUAUUAUGGUAUUAGACGCUAAUAAGUCUCCUGGUAAUGAAGGGGCGAGGGCAUUUAUGGAUCCAUCGCUUUAUAAUAAGGAGACACUUUUUGUUGAUCAAGAAGAGGAAGAGGAAAAUGUUACAGGGAAAGACGACUCUUUAAUGGAGAAGAUCAAGUCAUUGUAUGCGUACGCUGAGGAAAAUAACAACAAAAGAGCCAGCAUGAAGACAAUGACUGUUGCGACUACAGGAAAUGAUGACGAAAUGGAAGGAGAAUCAAUAGAGGAGGAAGAUUUGAAACAGGCUAUUGAAAGCUCUAAAAAGGAUUAUAUGGCUAUGCUUGAAAGAGAAAAGCAUCCAAAGAACGCAGGAGAAGAGGAAGAAGCAAAACAACCUCCUAUUAUAUUGAGUAAGGAGGCUUUAGAGAAGACGCUAAAACUACCAAAGUUUUCAUUUGGAGGUUCAUUAUUGACACAGAAAACGAAAGGGAGAGAUAUUGAAGAGAAAAAGGAUGAACCAUUGAAAGUAGUUGAGAGUCCCACUAAACCAGUUAAACCACUACCGCUUCCUGACUGGUUUGAAAAUAAUGCGGUAGAAGAUAAACAUAGAUUUGAGCCUGAUAUCGGUGUUGAAAGUUUGAACUCAUUAAGACAAGAGACAGAGGAUGAAAAGGCUGGAUUGCAUAAGUUUGUUGAAGUAGAAGAUAUGUUCUCGGAAGAAGACGAGCCCGAAGUUGUGGUUAUAGAAGAUGAUAGGAAGGAGAAAAAGAAAAAGAAGGAGAAACAGGGGGAUGAAGAUGAAGGAGUGAACGUUGAAGUUGUAACCGAAAUGAAUAAAGGCAAUAAGGAAAAACAGGAAGAACAGGAAGAACAGGAAGGGGAACCACAGUCAUCCAUGCUACCUUCCGUACCAUCAGCUCAACAUACUGAUGAUUAUGAAUUCUCUGAGGAUGAAGAACAACAGCUUCAGGAAAACAUUAAGCAAGAAGAGGCUGCUUAUGGAACGUUUGUCAAUCAAUUAUCGGAUAAGAAAGUUUCUAGUGAAAAAAAGACAGGCUCAAUGUGGUCUAUGGAUGAAGAAGUGAAAUUACAAGAGCAGCUAAGAAAGCAGAAGCGAGACUCUGAUGAAGUGACUACGAAUAUGAUCAUGGACAUUCAAGAUAUGCUCUCGAGAUUUGGUAUUCCUUUUAUUACUGCACCAAUGGAAGCAGAAGCUCAAUGCGCUGAGCUCUUUAAGCUUCAUUUAGUGGAUGGAAUUGUGACGGAUGACUCGGAUUGCUUUUUAUUCGGGGGUAUUAAAAUUUAUAAGAACAUGUUCAACGAGAAGAACUAUGUGGAAUGUUACCAAUUGGAAGACAUUGAAAGAGACAUGGGACUAACGAGAACGCAAUUGAUAGAGAUAGCUAUCAUGCUCGGAAGUGAUUAUACAGACGGUUUGAAAGGUGUUGGUAAAGUGACAGCCGUAGAAAUAUUGGCAGAGUUCAAGAGCUUAUACAAAUUCAGAGACUGGUGGCUGGACUAUCAGAACGGUGUGAUAGAUAAAUCUGCGGAUGAUAAAAUAAAGAAGAAAUUGAGACGACAGUUAGGCAAGUCACUAUAUUUGGGAGAGGAUUUUCCUAGCCAGCAGAUAUAUCAGGCUUAUUUACAACCAGAGGUUGACCACGAUAAGACCGCAUUCAAAUGGGGAUAUCCUAACUUGGACAAACUAAGAACGUUUUUAAUGUACAAUGUUGGUUGGCCACAGUCCAAAGUGGACCAGAUAUUGGUUCCAAUUAUUCAAAACCUCAACAAGCCUCAACAGACUAUCGAGGAAUUCUUCCCCGUAGAAUUAGUGAGAAAGAGAAGGCAAAUCAUGAUGGGAAAGAGACUUAGAGAGGCCACUGACAAGCUCAAAACCAGGUAUGAUGCAAAGAAGCGCAAGACCGAGGAGAAGAAAUGA